GACUUGUGUCUGAAGGAUUUUUACAUGACAUGAACCUGACAGAUCAUAAAACAAUGUGAUUGUCAGUUUAAACAUUAACUUUCAGGACGAAACUCUGGACAUUUCGGACGCUGCACUCUGAGUACAUACAGACGACAAUAUGAGCAGCUUCGGGCAGAUCCUGAAGGAGAUUGGAGAGUUUGGUUUAUUUCAGAAGCGUUUAGUCGCUGUGUUAUGUAUUGCAAACAUUUUCUGUGCUUAUGAACAGUUUGGACAAGUGUUUACUGGCAUGAACUUCCCUCAUCACUGUAACACUGACUGGAUCCUGGACCGAGGACCCAACCUGACUGUGGAGGGACAGAUAAAUCUCACAAUCCCUGUGAACAAAGAUGGAAAGUAUGAGAGCUGUGAAAUGUUCACACCUGUGGAUUGGGAUUUGGAAAAGAUUGAAGCAUUUGGGAUUAACACAACAACAGGAUGCAUAAAUGGAUCAGAUUACGAGUCACCCAAAGGGUCCACCAGCUUCGUGACAGAUUUUGAUCUGGUGUGUGAAAGGAGCAGUCUCAUUGCGGUUUCACAGUCCAUAUUCAUGGUCGGUUUCCUGGUUGGAGCGUUGGUGUUUGGGCUGAUGGCUGACAGUUUUGGUCGACGCUUCGUGGUCCUCCUCUCGGUCCUUCAGCUACUGCUGUGUGGUGUUGCUGCUGCUUUCUCACCCAACAUCUAUGUCUACAUCGUUAUAAAAUUCUUAGGUGGCAUGUCAAAUUCUGGAAUCGUUAUUAAUGCAUUUGUCAUAGGUGGAGAAUGGAGUGAUUCUUCCAAGUUUGCUCUCUGUACCUUCAUCUGCCAAUCGACAUUUCCUGUUGGACUGAUGGUGAUGUCUGGCAUUGCCUAUCUGAUCCGUGACUGGAGGAUCCUGCAGCUGGUGCUCUUCUGCCCUCUUGUCCUUGUUCUGGGACUAUUUUACUGGGUUCUUCCAGAGUCAGCUCGCUGGCUCCUCACCCAGGGCAGGAAGAAGGAGGCCAUAAAGGAAAUCUGCAGGGCAGCUAAGGUGAAUGGGAGGAAGGUCCCAGAAGACCUGAUGGAGAGGCUUGAGGCUGCAGGAACAUCCAAAAGAGGAAACAUGUUGGACAUCUUCAGGAUCUCCUAUCUGAGAAAACGUACUCUUGUAAUGGGCUUCAUCUGGUUUGCAACUAGUCUGACAUACUAUGGACUGAGCCUGAAUGUCGGCAACUUUGGUCUGGAUAUCUACCUCACGCAGUUCAUCUUUGGUCUAGCAGAAGUUCCUGCAUGUCUGGGCUCUUUACCACUCAUCCAGCACUUUGGGAGGAGGAUAUGUCAAGCUGGGAUGCUGAUCUUUGCAGGUUGUGCUUGUCUUGGGACAAUUGUGAUUCCAAAAGAUCUUCCUCAAGUUGUAACAGCCUUAGCUGUUCUUGGAAAAUAUGCAGCAACUGCCUCCUUCACAAUAGUCUAUGUUUACACAGCAGAACUAUACCCCACUGUUGUGAGGCAGAAUGGUGUAGGUCUAAACUCCAUGUGUGCUCGUUUGGGGGGAAUCCUCGCUCCACUGGUCAGACUCCUGGACGUCUACCAUUACACCAUCCCCAUGCUACUAUACGGAACCGUCCCCAUUGCUGCUGGAGGUUUCUGUUUACUACUGCCUGAAACCUGCAAUGUUGAACUGCAGGACCACACUGAACAAAGGGAACCUGAGAAUGGAGCUGCUGAGAUUUUAUGUAAUUUAGAAAAGAGCACAAAAUUGUAAUUCAAAUGAGCAAAACAGAUUUCAGAGUCUAUAAUAUCAGGAACAGUAGCGUGUUUUUACUUAACUGAUACAGUGGUAACAGUAAUUUGUGAGAUCAACCUUGAUCAGCUGACCAAAAUAAUCUCAUGUUCUAAACAAACAACUUUUUUAGAUCUCAUUCCUACAAAAUGACUUGCCCCUUAUUGAUAGUACUUUACUGAACACAAUCAAUCUGUCGUUAUCAUCAGGAUAUGUAACCCAGUCCUUUAAACUAGCUGUAAUCAAACCCCUUCUCAUAAUUUCCGCACUGGACCAGGAGGUUUUAGCUAACUAAAAACCGAUAUCUAGCCUCCCCUUCCUGUCUAAAAUCCUUGAAAAAGUUGUAACCAAUCAGCUGGGUGAGUUUCUCCAGGAAAGUAAUGUAUAUGAAAUCUUUCACUCGGGUUUAAAGUUAAUCUCAGCACGGAGUAAGCCUUGGCAAAAGUCACUAAUGACCCUCCAAUAGCUUCAAAUCAGGGAUUUGUGUAAGUGAGCCUAGAACUGUUCAUUAUCAUUAAAAGAACCGCCCUAAACCGUUACUAAAUCAUGUUUGUCAGAUCAGUUCCAUUUCGUGCCUGUUCUGCCCUAUGUCUUCGCGUGCGUCGUGUGCAGCUAUAAAAAAAUAAAACUUUUUUUUUUUUUUUUAAUUAUUAUUACUGCGCAAGAGUCUUCUCCUUCUUCUUCUUCUUCUUCUUCUUCUUCUUCUUCUUCUUCUUCUUCUUCUUCUUCUUCUUCUUCUUCUUCUUCUUCUCCUUCUUCUUCUCCCCCGAACGACAAGAGACAGGCCCUACGGUACACCUUCGCCAACGUCACGAAUCUCAGGGUCAGGGAGACCCCGAUCGGAAAGACGGCCCUCAACGCGGGCGCCGACGUCAGCGACCGCCCGGACAGCUAACCGGUCAUCGUCCUGGACUACAACCGCAACAAAGGAGGCGUGGACAACCUGGACAAGGUGAUAGGAACGUUCAGCUGCAGGAGGAUGGCCGCGCGCUGGCCCCUAGUCAUCUUCCACAACAUCCUCGAUGUCUCUUCCUACAACGCCUUCUUGACAUGGCGAGAGGUCAAUCCCAACUGGAUGCCGGGUGAUGACCAAUAAUCAAAUAUUUGAUCUAGUCCACAGUGAAUGUGGACAAAAUCUAGAUAGUUUCUAUCUAAACUAAUUUGAGCUUCAUUUUCAACCUGCCACAAUUUCUCCCCCCUUGUCAAUAAAUGUUUACUACUACAA